AUGAAGGCUGCCUCUCUUCUGCCGCUGUCAUGUCUGCUUUCCCUGGUGAAUGCUCACGGAUACCUGACCAUUCCUUCAAGUCGUACUCGGCUUGGAUUUGAGGCCGGCAUCGAUACCUGCCCCGAAUGUUCCAUCCUCGAACCAGUAACCGCGUGGCCCGACCUUGAAGCCGCCCAAGUCGGCCGAAGCGGGCCAUGUGGAUACAAUGCCCGAGUCAGUGUCGACUAUAACCAGCCCGGUGAUUACUGGGGAAAAAGCGUGGUUGCCACAUAUACGGCAAACGAUAUUGUGGAAGUUCAAUGGUGUGUCGAUAACAAUGGAGAUCAUGGCGGCAUGUUCACCUACGGUAUCUGUCAAAAUCAAACCCUAGUGGACUUGUUCUUGACUCCUGGUUAUCUGCCAACCACUGCAGAGAAACAAGCUGCCGAAGACUGUUUCUUGGAUGGUGAAUUGAAAUGCACGGAUGUUGAUGGACAGACAUGUGGCUACAAUCCGGACUGCACAUCAGAUCAAGCAUGCUACCGCAACGACUGGUUUACCUGCAAUGCCUUCAAUGCUGAUAGCAAGCGGGCUUGUCAAGGUGUAGAUGGCGCUGCAUUGAACUCCUGCACUACCACUAUCGCAGGGGGCUACACGGUCACGAAGAAGAUCAAGAUCCCGGACUAUGACUCAGCUCAUACCCUGCUGCGCUUCCGGUGGAAUUCUUAUCAGACAGCUCAAGUGUAUCUGCACUGUGCUGAUAUUGCUAUUUCGGGCUCAGGGUCAGGCUCGAGCACCAGUUCGACCACUGCAUCCACUAGUCUGGCUACGACUACUUCAACCACCAAGACAAGCACCACCACUUCGGCUUCGACCUCGACCACAUGCACUGCUGCUACCACCGUUUCAGUCACCUUCAAUGAACUGGUGACUACAACGUACGGUGAGAAUAUCUAUCUCACCGGAUCCAUCAGUCAAUUAGGGUCCUGGUCGACAUCAUCAGCCAUUGCUCUGUCCGCAAGCUCAUAUACGUCUUCCAACCCUUUGUGGACGGUGACCGUCAACCUUCCCGCUGGCACUAUCUUUGAAUAUAAAUUCAUCAAGAAAGAGACGGACGGUAGCGUUGUUUGGGAAAGCGACCCUAAUCGGAGCUACACUGUGCCAACUGGAUGUUCUGGACUUCAGACUGCUGUCAGCGCAACUUGGAGAUAG